AUCCUUCACCUAUUCUACUUCUCUCCCAUUCCCAUCUACUCAAAUUUACACUUUCUACCCUUCUACUUUUUUUAACUUUUCAUUCCAUGGCAGAAACUCAACCAAAACGCCCAAGAGAACCUGAACCUGAACCAGAAGAACUUUUUUCAUGUGAAAUGGAGAUAACAAAACGCCAUAAGAACUCUUACAACCAAAUCCUCUCGAUUCUCGAUGACAACACAGAAGAUGAAAAACAAGAAACCACCCAAGAUUUGACUGAUUUCUUCACGGCGCUGCAACGAGAACUCUCUUCCUCCGACCCGUUACCGGAACUUGCGGUAAAACCAGACCAGACUCCGAAACAAGAAACUGAAGAUGGUGAUGGAGAUAAGGAAAGGGUUAUUAGACACCUUCUAGAAGCUUCUGAUGAUGAGCUUGGAAUACCCAAUAGAGUGGGCGACGGCGACGGCGGAGGUGAGGAUGAUAUUCUCGCCGGAGAAGAAGUUGGGUUUCCGGUGGCUUUAUGUGAUGGAUUAUGGGAACUGGAAGAUGAAGCUGCUAACUAUUAUACUUUAUUGCACUCGGAGCUUAUUAUGUAGUGGUUAGUUUUGGUCGUGUUUUAUUGGGGGGGUUAGGAGUGACGAGAGUGGAACUCUUGGAGGGCGUGGAUUAAAAUGAUGUAGCGGAAAUAGAAUAUGGGGAUUCAUUCUUAAAAUUUCCAUUUUGGUCCUUCAUCUCUGUAAAAAAUAUCAAAAGGUCCUCUAACUUUCUAUGGAACCCUUGGAAGGAAAGAAUGUUCACGACUA